AUGAUGGUUAGUGAUAUAGUGUUGGGCAUUGUUUUCCUUAUUCAGAUAGGAGUUGGGAUUCUCGGAAAUGUCUUCCUCCUGGUCAUAUACAGCUCAAUUCUACUCACUGGACACAGGCUGAGGCCCAUAGAGUGUAUUUUCAGCCACUUAGCCUUGGCCAACUCAGAAGUGCUUCUCUCCAAAGGAAUUCCUUUGACAAUUGUCUGUUUUGGCAUCAAAAAUUUCUUGGAUUCUGCUGGGUGUAAAUUUGUUAUUUAUCUUAAUGCUAUGGCUCGGAGUGUUUGCCUCAGCAUCACCUGCCUCCUUAGUGGUUUUCAGGUCAUCACCAUCAGUCCCAGGACCUCCAGGUGGGCAGAACUCAAAACUCAAGCCCCAAAGUGCAUUAUCCCUUCCUGCUUCUUCUGCUGGUGCUUCUAUCUGUUGAUAAAUUUAACCUUGCUUGGGACUCUGCAUAACUUAAAGCAUAUGACUAAUAAUAGCAAGAUGUGGCAUCUAGGAUAUUGCUCAAUUUUAAUUCCUGACUCAUUUAAUGCCACAUUUUUUGCGAUUGUCUUUUCUAUUCCUGAUAUUAUUUGUUUGGCAUCCAUGAUCUGGGCCAGUGCCUACAUAAUGCUUCUCCUGCACAAACACCAUCAGCAUGUCCGACAUAUCCACAGUUCUCAUCUCUCCCCUAGAACUUUCCCUGAGAAAAGAGCCACCUAUUCUGUCCUCCUACUACUGAGCACAUAUGUCACUUUUUAUUCUAUUAAUUCCAGCUUGUCAUUUUAUUUCUUUAAGAAUGGAAAACCUCACCCUGGGCUCAUGGCCACCUCAGACUUCUUAGCAGCAUGGUUCCCAACCAUCAGCCCUUUUGUGCUGAUCUUCUGUGACUCCCAAGCCCUCAAACAUUGGUAUGCUUUGUGGCAUAGGAGACAUUCCUGUCUACUCUGCAAUAAUGUCCCCAACCAUAUCCCCUCCCAGCAUUCUGCCCUAACGCUGACAAGCAAAUGUCUUUCAGAAGCUGCUGGGAGAGGGGCAAGGUCAGUGGAAUAUAAGUAUUAUAGGAACUAA